UUUUUUGUAUUAUUAUUAGUUCAUACAAUUGAAUUGGUGCAUAAUGUGCCUUGUUAUGACUUGACGUUUGUAGAUCAGGUUUUCAAUAAUAAUAAUAAUAACAUUACAUGAACUCAAAACAGGCAGAUCAUUGAGUUAGAAAAUUCACUUUAGUAGAAAACAACCGCGCUGACGGGUCGAACGUGUUUCUGUCGCUAGGGGUCGUGGUUCUGCGGGGAGCCGAGGUUCUCAGCAGUGGAAUGACAACAUCGACAGUCGCGGGCCUUCUUCCCUCCGAGCUGCCCGAGAAACAUCCACCGAAAGCGGGAGGUGUCCUGUCCCUCCAGUGUUUGGAGAACCGGGUCUUUAUGUGCCACUGGGAGCGGAGGCAGCAUGGCAGAUGACAAGGACGUGUUGAGGGACGUGUGGUUCGGCCGGAUCCCCGCCUGCUUCACCCUGAACCAGGACGAGGUGACUGAGAGAGAGGCCGAGCCCUACUAUCUGCUGCUGCCCAGGGUGAGCUACCUGACGCUGGUCACAGACAAAGUGAAAAAACACUUCCUCAAAGUGAUGAAGGCCGAGGACGUGGAGGAGAUGUGGUUAGAGUAUGAAGGAACGCCACUGAAAUGGCACUAUCCAAUUGGAGUUCUCUUUGACCUCCACGCCUCCAACACGGUCUUACCCUGGAGCAUCACCGUGCACUUUAAAAAUUUUCCAGAUCGUGACCUCCUCCACUGUCCGUCCAACUCUGUGAUCGAGGCUCACUUCAUGUCCAGCAUCAAGGAGGCCGACGCCCUCAAGCACAAGAGCCAAGUUGUUAACGACAUGCAGAAGAAAGACCACAAACAGCUGUGGAUGGGUCUGCAGAACGAUAAAUUUGACCAGUUCUGGGCCAUGAACCGGAAGCUGAUGGAAUAUCCCACUGAGGACGGAGGCUUCAGAUACAUCCCCUUCAGAAUAUACCAGACGAUGAGUGAUAGACCGUUCAUCCAGAGACUGUUUCGCCCUGUUUCACCUGAAGGCAACGUGCACACACUUGGCAACUUGCUUAAAGAAAUGUACCCAGAUGCUAUACCAAAUGAAGGUGAGUCAAAGCAUUACCAGGUGGUGAUCCACGGCAUCGAGCCGCUGCUGGAGACGCCUCUUCAGUGGCUCAGCGAACACCUGAGCCACCCUGACAACUUCCUGCACAUCUGCGUUGUCCCCGUUCCCACUGACUGAGAUGACGCCAUGAAACAUAGAUCGACCAGCCGAUGCACCAGCCCGUCGCAUCUCCCAGGAAACGGUCUGCGCGCGAAGCGGUGGAAAGUCUGAACUAACGAGACUCUGAAACGAGACGGAGAUCAGAAUGAAAAGAAAAGGAUGUGAAGGAGGUGUUGAACAAACCUCCUUUUACAUCUUGUUUAUUUAUAUUUCUACUCCUACGACCACUACUACUCCACUCAGAAAACUUAAUUUUAGGACGGGAGGAGGAAGAGAUCCUCUCUUCCUCUCCUCCUCCUCCCCUUCCGAAAAGAUGAGAAGAUUCCUCGGAGUGAAGAGAUUGACGUCCAAUUUUUCUACUCUGCUGUCUUCACCUCCUCAUUCUCUCUUUCUUUAUGACCACACUUCCCACAAGAGGAGAUGAGGUGAAGAGAACCCUCGUCUUCUCUCCAUCCUGACGAAGACUGUGCCGUCGACAGGGAUCGGAGAAGUGGAGCAUCCAGACCUGAUGAAUCUGCCUUAUGAAGUUUUUUUUUUUUUAUCAUCAGCAUCUCAUCGUUCACACAGUCAGUUUACAUCAGAGCCCGAGAAAAAUGUUUCUGAGGAUUUUCUCUUGGUUUCGCCAACAUGGAUUCAUGUUUAUUAUGUUUAUUGGAUCAAUGAUAAAAAGAGAAGACUUGGAUAUGAACUAACAUCACUGAUCAUCAGCCCAACAUCUAAUUUUGUAAUUGAAAAAGGAACUUAACUAACAAACGUUUGCAUACUGUCGUCUGCUGCUGUCUAUGAAUUCGAAUUUUAGUGCUGCUUCUUUUCUUUUUCCUCGUUGUUUCAUCAUCACUUGUGAGAUAAAUUUCAGUUUCAUGUCA